AUGUUAAAAAGAGUUGGUUUAGCUUGGACACAAGCACUUGUACCUGAAAAUUUACUACAAGUUGACUUGAAAGGAAAGAUUUGUUUAGUAACAGGUUCAACUGUUGGUGGAAUUGGUUAUGAAACUGCCAAGAAAAUGUAUGAAUUGGGGUGUAAUGUUAUUUUAGUUUGUAGAAGUGAAAAGAAUGGAAAGGAGGCAAGGGAUUUAAUUCAACAAGAGUGCUCAGCAAGAAUGAAGCAAAUAGGAACUAUUGAUUAUAUUUUGAUGGAUUUGGAUGAUUUAGAGAGUGUUAACAAGGUAGCAAAACAAUUCAAAGAGAAAUUUACUCAAUUGGAUUUCUUGUUCAACAAUGCAGGAGUAAUGUUUUGUCCACACAGUACAACUACUCAAGGAGUGGAAAUACAGUUCGGAACCAAUUAUCUUGGCCACUUUCUUCUAACUCUUUCCUUGAUGGAUUUGAUUAAGAAGGUUAAUGGAAGAAUCAUUAAUGUUUCCUCAAUUGGUUCAAAGGCAUUUGUAAAAUCUGAAAAGGAUAUUACCAACUUUUGCUCCUUCUCUAAGGAAAGUGUAAUGGGAGACUGUGAAAAUGUAGCUUCAAAACAGCAACUUUAUGGUCGUUCCAAAUUAGCCCAAGUUUUAUUCUCAAGAAAGUUGGCAAGGGAAUUCAAAUCGUCCUAUUGUAAAGUUACAUCUUAUUCUCUCCAUCCAGGAGCUGUCAAGACAAAUUUAGAAAGACACACCAGUUUUCUCUUUGAUCUUGCUACCAUAAUUGUAAAACCAUUAUACAAAACUCCAUACGAAGGUGCCCAAACAAGUCUAUAUGUUGCAUUGGCUCCAAUUUCUGAACUUGAAAAUGGUGGCUACUAUUCUGAAUGCUCAAUUGAUGAAGCUAGCCAAUUUGCAGAUAGGAUUGAAUUGCAGGAUACAUUGUGGGAUACUAGUAUGAAACUUGUUGAGGAUUAUUUGUAA